UCCCCCUUUCUGGAUCCCGCCUGGUCCGCACUGGUCCUGGAGACAGUCAGAGUAGUCCAGCCUUGACAGCGGUUAAUAAGCUCCUGUCAGCGAUACAUCAAUUCUGUACCGUGAACACAUCAGCAGUGUGAGGGUUAGUCCCAGCAUCUCGUUCGUGUCAGCCUGCUGUGGAGGUUUCAUCUCUCCAGCUCCUUCCUCUCCUCCGCCACUCAGCGGACCUGCCACACGUUUUCAGUGUGACCAACAAGUCAGCACUUGAUCUGGACAUCUAAAAGCUGACUGUCUUUUAAAAAAAAAAAAAAAAAAAAUUCGCUUCUUUUUAUAACAAAUAUAAAAAAAAAUUUUUUUGUUUGUUUUUUAAUGGUACAAUGUCGUCAUUGCCAGGAACUGUUCCGCGGAUGAUGCGCCCGACUCCCGGACAAAACUAUUCCCGCUCCGGAUUCCCUCUGGAAGUGUCCACUCCUCUGGGCCAGGGACGGGUCAACCAGCUCGGGGGCGUCUUCAUCAACGGCCGGCCGCUGCCCAACCACAUCCGACACAAGAUCGUGGAGAUGGCCCACCACGGGAUCCGGCCCUGCGUCAUCUCCAGGCAGCUGCGGGUCUCCCACGGCUGCGUGUCAAAGAUCCUGUGCCGCUACCAGGAGACGGGCUCCAUCCGGCCCGGAGCGAUAGGCGGCAGCAAGCCCAGGCAGGUAGCGACGCCCGACGUGGAGAAGCGGGUAGAGGAGUACAAGCGGGACAACCCCGGUAUGUUCAGCUGGGAGAUACGGGAUAAGCUGCUGAAAGACGGCGUGUGUGACAGAAGCACAGUUCCUUCAGGUGAGGCCUCCUCUGUGAGCUCGAUCAGCCGUGUACUUCGAGCUCGAUUUGGAAAAAAGGACGACGAGGACGAAUGCGAUAAAAAGGAUGAAGACGGAGACAAGAAGACGAAGCACAGCAUCGACGGCAUCCUCGGAGACAAAGGCAGUCGGAUGGAUGAAGUGUCAGAUGUGGAAUCUGAACCUGACCUCCCCCUGAAGAGGAAGCAGCGAAGGAGUCGGACUACAUUCACAGCAGAGCAGCUGGAGGAGCUGGAGAAAGCUUUUGAAAGAACACAUUACCCCGACAUUUACACCAGGGAGGAGCUGGCACAGAGGACGAAACUCACUGAGGCUAGGGUCCAGGUGUGGUUCAGUAAUCGAAGGGCCAGGUGGCGAAAACAAGCUGGAGCCAGUCAGCUAGCAGCAUUCAACCACCUUCUGCCAGGAGGAUUUCCUCCGACAGGAAUGCCAACGCUUCCUACGUACCAGCUGCCAGAGUCCAGCUACCCAGGCAACUCUCUCUCUCAAGAUGGUGGUGGUACAGUUCACCGACCCCAGCCUUUACCUCCAUCCACCAUGCACCAGAGUGGUCUGUCCAGCCCUGACAACAGCUCUGCCUAUGGUCUGACCUCCAACCGCCACGGCUUCUCCAGCUACUCUGACACCUUCAUGAGCUCUGCAGCACCUAGCAACCAUGUCAACCCUGUCAGCAAUGGAAUUUCCCCACAGGUUAUGAGCAUCCUGAGUAACCCCAGCAGUGUUUCAUCACAGCCACAACACGACUUCUCCAUCUCACCACUCCACAGCACGUUGGACUCUUCAUCCAACAGUAUCUCAGCCAGCUGCAACCAGCGUUCAACUGAGGCUUCUAUUAAAACAGUGGACAGCAUUCCCUCAUCCCAGUCUUACUGCCCCCCCACAUACAGCACUACCAGCUACAGCAUGGACCCAGCUGUGGCAGCUGCCGGUUACCAGUACAGUCAGUAUGGCCAGACUGCUGUGGAUUACCUGGCAAAGAACGUCAGCCUUUCCAGUCAGCGCAGGAUGAAGCUGGCUGACCACUCAGCUGUACUGGGACUGCUGCAAGUCGAGACUGGCCAGGCCUACUAGCACUCGCCUAACAUAAUUAAACAUGCUUGCAUGACAUCGGGUCACCAGCACAACCAACCCACAUCUUUCCUACAAUGCUGAUCUUCCAGACAGCAUGCAAUAGUGUGGCACAGAUUGACAAUAUGUUGGGCUGAAAUUUAGAUUUUUUAAACUCUAUUUUAUUUUUUUAAACUCUAUUUUAUGUUUCUGGUUCUUCAGGGUUUAAAGUUUGAAAAAUGUAGCUGUCCAAGCUUGAAACAUUCCCCAUGAGACCAACCAAAAACAUUAGAAGAAUUUCAAGUGUUAGAAAUAAAACUCUGUUUUUUUUUUUGCACCCCUUUUUUAAAAAAAAAAAAAAUUAUUAUUUUUUCAAUAUGCAGCAUCACAGUGUUUAGCUUUACUGGAAGACUAUUAAUGAGUAAUUUAAACAAUUGCCAUGCAACAAUUACUCAGCCAAUCAAUUUGAGUGUAACUUGUGACAUUCUACCUACAAUUAAUUUCACAAAACCCAAGACAGAUGUUUAUUAUUAAGUAAAAAUAUCAUCUGCUCCUAAGUGCUUUUACACUGCAAGAAUGUCCACAAUGAAACAACAGCAACAACAGGAAAACAGCUAAAUCUCAUAUAUAUAUAUAUA